UUUUUUUUUUUGACAAAUACUUUUUUUUACUAAAAAGGAUCAGCCAUAGCCAUAGCCAUAGCCAUAGCCCUUUGGUUCGAGAAGCUUAGCUAAGCAUCCAUGGAGAUGGAUGGAGACGGAGAUAUGGAUUCCCUCUUCGAAGGAAUGGUGCUUUUCAACCCAAUCUCCGAACAUCCCUCUCACUCUCCCUCCCACUCUGACUCUCACUCUCAAUCUGAAUCUGAAUCUCACUCUCUCUUCACUGACCUAACCAUCCUCUCACCAUCUCCAUCUCUAUCGGAAUCUAAAUCAUUCAAUCAAAUUCAAAUUCAAAAUAAUAAUAACAGUAAUCAUAAGAAGAAAAAGAGACCUGCUUUGAGGAUUGGAUACGCCAGGAAUGCUUCUGCUGUUGCUUUUGACGACAAUCCACCAAUUUCCGACGAUCAUCAACAUCUUCCGUCUUCGAACGAGCCGCCUUCUUCUUCCGUCGAUGUCGAUUUCGACUUUAGACUGCUUCAAAUUAAGAACCAGAUCUCGGAAAAGCUUGAAUUCGUUCGUCAAUUGGCGGCUUCUGUGUCUGCCGACCGGAAAGAAGCCAUUGCUAACAGAAGGAAAGCUGCUCAAACGCUACACAGGGCUUCCAACGCUUAUGCUGAGCUUGAAACUCGACUCGAUGAGGCUUGCAGAUCGGAGGAUUUUGAGACUGCUGAAACGCUUAGUGAGAGUUUGGCUGCUGCUGAAUCUGAAAAACAGACUCUUGUGGUGGCACUUGCUGAUGCUGAGGCUCGAUGGGAGAAAUUAUAA